UAUAAGAAUUCUUUUGAGGAAAUUAUGAUGUUCCCAAAGUGUUCUACGACGUCGUUCUGAAGCUCGAUCGGCAUGUGGAAUCAAAGACGCGCUACCAGUGUCCCAACUCACAACAUAGCGCGCGCACAUGAAUUACAAUGAAAAACGUCACCGUUUUAGAUCCAACACUGUCUCCAAACCCUAAUUCUUCCUCUUCACCAUUCCAAUAACCCAAGCUUCGCGUUUUGCACCAUGUCCUCCGAUGACAUCAAUCUCGGUCCUGAUCAGAGAAUCGAAAACGGCCUCACUUCCCCCCUCGUCUUCCAAGACGACACUUUACGCUUCAACUGCGACGGUGCACCACCGCGGCAGGUCGGCGAUCCGGUUCUUAAACCCCGGGAAGUUGGCGGUUUCAUUGACGACAAGAUGUUCACUGUAAAUCGCGAUCGCUUUUUCACCUCCCAGGGCGCCGAGUUCCGCCGCAACGUUUUUGCUGAUCGGUCCGACCAUAGGGAUACUUCAGAUGUACUGAACUGGAGCGCCGGAACUUCCAGUAGCGACGAUUCGGACGGAGAAGACGAUGAAGAUGACGAUGAAGGCGAAGAUGGCGGCGAAGGCGUCAGUAUCGGCGACGGGAGCAACCGGAGUUCAAAUGCAAUAAUUGAUGUUAACAAUAACAGCGGCGUCGGAGUUGUAAUUGGAAAAUCCCAGCAUCAUUCCCCUUAUGUUUCUGGUAGAGAGAUGUUGGGAAAGGACGGUGAGAUUGUACAGUUGGUGCAUAACCAUGCGAGUGAUAGUGUUGGUGGAGAUCAUCAGCGAGAAAGAUUCGGUAAAACUCAGAAUUCUGCAACUGUUGCUGAAGCUGAUUGUGAGGAGUAUUAUUCCCACUAUCUUCAAGGUACGGAAGGGUCGCCUUCUGUACAGAAAGUUAUGGUGGAUGACAAUGGUUGUGGGUUUAGUGGAAGAAAGAAUGCUGUGUAUUCAAGCGAGUCAGGGGAGUCAUUGAGGGCAAUUCUUUCAGAUCCUGUUACUGGAACUCUUAUGGAUGAUGCAAUGAUAUUACCUUGUGGACAUUCUUUUGGCGGAGGUGGAGUACAGCAUGUUAUUAGAAUGAAAGCUUGUUGUACUUGCUCUCAUCCCACACUGGAGGAAUCAAUAUCUCCAAAUCUUUCACUUCAAGCUGCUGUGCAGGCGUACCGUCGGGAAGAGGAAUCACAAUUUUACCGGUCAUCCAAAAGAAGAAGAGAAAGAUUUGAUCAGGGUGGUUUAGGAGAGUGUGCUGUUUUUGAACCACCAAGGAACAGAGGUGUUCAAUUUCCAUUUGCUGUGACAGACAGGGUUAUCAUAAAGGGAAACAAAAGGACACCACAACGCUUUGUUGGAAGGGAAGCUAUUGUAACAACACAAUGCCUGAAUGGGUGGUAUGUGGUGAAGACAUUGGACAAUGCAGAGAGUGUAAAAUUGCAGUAUCGUUCCCUUGCUAAGGUUUCUGAUGAUCCUUCAAAACUUGUCUCCAGCAACACGGGACCUAAUUGGCUUCAGAUCAGCCGCACACCAUCAUAAAACGUGGUUGAUAAUACUUCUGCAGAAAUGUGUAAGCAAUUUAUGUUAAGCAAUCAUUUUACAUAAAGAAGGUACUACUUUAUGUUAAGCAAUUUAUUGUUAACACCUCAAACAAAAUAUCUUUGUAAUUCUACAAUUGUAUUGUAAGAAAACUGUACUAGCAGAGUUUGUAAAUAUGUAA